AUGGCGAUGGAUGCGACAACUGCAUGCCAUUUGAUGAGUGAUCCGUUUGCUGGGCAUGAGCAUUCAUACGCAGUACCUAUUCGAGUCAUUGAGAAGGUCGUUCAUGGAACAACGACAAAUAUCGCCGUUCUUGGUAAACCACGCAUUCUUGGUGCAGUGGAACCAGUAGCCGUUCAGAGACAGUUCGUAAAAUAUUUGCUGAAGUCAGCAUAUGUUUCGAAAAAAGCCGAAGUGAAUGUUGAACCGAGCGAGCUAUUGACCAAGAAACUGAAGGCAGACUCAGGUGAAACACAAAGCGGCUUCUGCGAUCCUCUUGACUCUAUACUCCCUUCUCUUGAAACGCUCUCAAGCCAUACUGGAGCUUCUAAUACAUCCAUUCUUUCAGACAAUGGUAAAACAUAUUCAAUAUUCUCGAUUAUUGGAUCGAAUAUCUUGGUGCGCUCUCAUCCAGCCCCACUUUGUUCCGAAGGGCAUCAGUCUCUGAAGUAUAUGGCAUUAUCUUUCCAGCCAAAAGUCGAAUAUGUCCCUAACGCAGGAGCAAUGCGUUUGCUCGAAGCGGAAGCCCUCUGGAAUCAUUGCAAAGAAAUUUUCAAGCAGUCAGCUAAUCACGCCCUCUUCAGGACUCAUUACAUGGCGAAGGAUUUGCUGCAGAUUCAGCAUUGGGCAUCGCAAAGUUUCGAAGUAAUAACUGGAAGUGAACAACAAUGGACUGGACCUACCCAUCGGCAGGACGCGAAAAGGAUGAUGUCUGCGUACACUUCCCGUUUCGCUCGACUACUCGAAGAAGUUAGUCAUCUUCCUCAUGGUGAUUACAUGCUCGUCAACAGGAAUGAUGGCGUUGUUAAAAUUCUGCCUCAGCUGAAAGAGAAUAUGAGCGUGUAA